AUGGCGGAGUCGAGCGACGAGGAGUUCGCAGUCGACCAGGCGCGCGUGAGCGAGGUUGGGCUCGACGAUGACGGGGAGGCCAUCAGGCGGUCCCGCAUUAGUUGCGCCAACGAGUCGCUGGGUCGCGUGGCUGAUCUGCUCUCGGCGACGCGGCCAGGGAUGCGGCUGUCCGUGCGCCCUGUUCGUGGAGACGGGCUGUGCUUUUUCCGCGCUGCGGCUGCCGAACUGGGACUUCCAGGCCGCGCGGCUUGGAAGCUGUACAGAUGGACGCUGGUGAAGAUGAUGAAGCAGCGGAACCAGCAAUUGUUCGCGGCGCUGCAGCUGGACGAGUACGCCGUGGAGAGGAGGGCCCGCCUGCAGAAGGAGUUGCCAGCGCAGGUGGCCAGUGGCGUCGCGUGGGGCAGUCUCCCCAACUGGAAGGUGUUCUACGUGGACAUAUGCAUGGGCCUCCAUUCGGAGGACGUGUCGGCAACGCGCCGAUAUGCAGACGCUGUUGUGAUCACGCACUUCCUGGAGGCUUGUGGCGCUCUCGCUCUGUACGUGCCAUUCAACGCGUGGAGCCAGGCGGCCAUCUUCCCGGACCAGGGGUUGCUGCAGGGACGUGCGCAAAUCCCAGUGCUCGAUUUUGCUUUUGUCCACUAUGACGUCGACGGGUAUUCACACUACGAUGCGGUGGACGUGGCGACGUCAGGAGCUAACGCUCCGCGACCGUGGGAGCCGUCGACCGCGUGCCGGGGGAAGUUCAGCGACCCGUCGUGUUUCGCUGACGUGGAUGCGCUAUUCGGCGAGGAGGACGUGGCGGCUUUCUGUCAUCAGGCGUCCGGGCGCUUGCAGUUCACUGAGAGGGAGUGCGGCGGGAAGCGUGUGACGGCCUGCAACGCGCGCCCGCUGGACCCGACGCUUCCUCCGCCGUUCGACCCGUCGGACGCCGCAGACAACAUCCAGGAGGUAAUGGACGGAUUGCAGUGGCCGAUCUGCAACUGCGCCGUUCGGCAGUGCCGCUGGACCGGGGAGACGGAAGGGGAUUUGCGGCGCCACGUAAUCAGCUGCCACCAGGCUUGCCUCCCAGCAGCGUGGAGGCAGGGGUGGAACAAGAGACUCGCUGACAGCGCCGACGAUGUCGGCGUCCAUGCCGAGGUGCUGGAGGAGCAGGAAGCGUGGAUCUGGUCCAUCUACUGCCAGGCGGUGGAGGUCCGGGCGCGCACUGGCAUGCCAGCUCUCGGCAUUUGCAGAGACCGGCGGGCAAUUCGCACCAUGAGGCAAGUGGCGAACGAUGCUUGUUUGUCGUCGCUGGUGUGCUUCUGCUGCGGUCAGAUCUACACGAGUGUCGAGGACCCCGAGUCCGCUGGAGUCAGUGAGAUUGGAUGGACGCCACUGCGCGGGCUCUUGCGCAGUUGUCCGCGUGAGCUCCUGGAGUACGCCUUCGGCUUGGACGCGUUCCUGGCGCACUUCCCGCACCCUGCUCCGGACCACCGCGGGACGCGGUCGCACCACUAUCCGACGCAGACAACCGCGUCUUCGCCGUGGGUGCGAACGGUGCGGUGGAAUGGUCCGAACGGAAGCCAGAACUCCAUGCGCUUCCUGUGCUGCCCGGAAGACGUGGUGUGCGACCGUCAGCAUGGAGUUGUUGAUGAGCUGUGCGAGUCGUGCCGCAUACCUCUGUGCUGGCAGUGCCGCGGCAUUUUCGCGAAGACGCGAACGGUGCGGGAGCGAAUCCCGCGUCCCGCCAUCGCCAACGACAACUUUGUCGGGUUCGUGUCGGCAUGGUGGGAGAAGCACAAGCCCCGGUGGAUCGAGAUGGCCGCGGCCACGCCAGUGUGGACGUGUUUGAUGGCGUUCUACGUCGAGGGCGAUAAGGGCCACCUCAUGAACAAUCAGGCCAUGCAUCCGCACAGUCGGUACGCUGUCCGCGGUAAUCUGGCCAGCUUCCUGGUGCAUUGGGACGACGUCCUGGAGCGCCUGCUCGCCAUCACGGAGAGUUCCAGUGCUGCUGCGGCGCUGCCCCACGACGGCGAGACGCUGGCCCACUUGGUUCGCUUCGAGUUCCGGAUGAAAGACAAGGACGUGUCGAAGCACCUGAAGCACAUGCGCCUCCGCGCUCAUGUGGUGCUGCAGCUCGGCUGGGAGCUCAUCGACCGCGGCCACCCCGCUUUUUGUAGAGAUGCUGCUGGCAAUCCCAUCGCAAUCGCCGCUGCCAAGGAGGCGAUUGAAAGGCGCGUGAAGCAGUGCUACCCGUGGCUCGGCACCCCCCAGGACACCGACGGGAAGGUCCCGCCAGCCGUGGACCGGGCGACGGUGGUGGCGGAUCCGUCCAGGAGCAGUGUGCAGGAUAACACGCACGCGACUCCGGCGCUGGCCAGCACUGACGUCGCCUCUGUUUUCGACGAUGCCAGACCGACCGCCUGCGCGCCCACAGAUGCGACGUCCCGGCAAGGGACCGCGGGUCAGCGCCAACAGCGAGCCAUGGACGGCGGGCCAGUCGUCCCGUACGUCGCCGACGCGGCCAUGUUGGAGCAGUGGAACGGGAAGUACCCCGCGAUCGCUUUCCCGCACACGCUGCUGUGGCAGAGCGGGGGGCCAGACUUCACGAGGUCUUGGCGCAACGGUGCCGAUGCCGCACAUCGGCGCCGCGCGGUGGGGCGGCCCGAGGAAGUGCAAAACCGGCCGUCCAUCAGCAUGGGGAUGUGGCUUGCAGGCAUGAGUCGCCGAGUGGAACACCAGAUCCGAUCGGACUGGCUCUUCAUCCCAGGCAUGCGCAAUGUCCACUUCCGCUUUUUGGGCAUCACCGCGAGGUUGGGGAGCAAAGUCAGGAAGUACAAGGACGAAGACGGAUCCGCUUUCACGGAGCGCCUGACCGCGGCUGUCCGCGGGUUGCACGACCUGUUGGCGAAGGGGUACUACGGGCCGAACAGGCGGCCAAUUGCUGGCAACUUGACGGUGCUGCACAUG